AUGUUAAUUUUACUCCUUGUAAAUUUUGCUGUGGGGCGAUGACUGGAAAACCCUCUUAAAGCAACUGCUCUUACAUGUGGAGUUUACCAAUGUGCACCGACGUCAAUUGUUAUUACAGAUGGGAACUGUGGGAAAAUAUUUGAAAAUAAAUUUUAUUAUCUCCAAGUGUGCCCGUCGUCAUCAACUUUGAGUUAUUGUAAUACGACAAGUUUGACCUGUGUGGCAACACCAGCAGCAGCUGCAUUGCAAUCAUAUCCUGGAGAGCCUUGUGUAAGUCAAAGUGAUUGCAUUUAUGGGACAUGCACAGCAAGUGUAUGUGCUGGGGCUAAAUUGAAUGAAAAAUGCACAAUACAUGAACAAUGUAAUCCAGGGCUCAGGUGCUAUGGAGGGUCUUGUGUAGUACAAUUAGCAAUAGGAAGCGCUGGGUGUAGAGAUGAACAAGACUGUGUAAAUUAUUCUGGCUGUAAUAUGACUUAUUCAAGCCAAAACGGCACUUGCAUUCAAUAUGCAAGUUUAAGUGAUAACUUAGUUGUGACUGAUUGCGCUAAUGGGCUAUCUGAAAUGUGUGCUUCUGGGUAUUGUUCACAUUUUGGCAGCUGGUAUUCAACUCUUGGUAUAUGCAAAAGUGCUCCUAUGACGGUUGGAACUGUUCCAGUCGCCUGCACUGCAGAUACAGAUUGUUUAGGAACUGAUGGAACUAAUUUGGUUCUCAGCAAGUGCCAAUGUGGGUACAAUAACUUAGGCCAGUCUUAUUGUGCCCCUUUUAUAGGUGAUUCCUCAGGAAUUAAUUUGAUAUCAUCAUGGAUUACAGCUCUUAAAAAUAGCACAGGCUGCAAUACUUCGAGACGGUCUACAAAUCAAUGCUUAAAACUCACAGGUCACUAUUCUCAGAUCCAGUCAGCAAUUUAUGGAUUUAAUUAUUACCCGCAGAUAAUCAAUAACGAUGCUUGCGUCAAAGCAAUUUACACAGCUACAUAUUGGAAUUACGAUAGCUCUGUCAUUCUUAAGGCUCUUUUCAGUUUAAUGCUAUUAAAUGCAUUAUAG